UUUCUUGGCCAUGUAAAGAAGUACAGCCAAGUUGGACGGAAGACGAAGUGCUGUGCAAGCGCUCGUCAUUUUCACCGAAAAGUCUAGGAUGAGUUGAUUUCUGUGAAAUUCACGAUUCCUAGCACAAAUUUAUUUCAGACAGCUUCACUUUGGAGACUGUUUGGAAGUAUUCGUUCAUCGAUACGAUGAGAUUGCAGGUUAUUGGUCAGUUUUGACCUCAACAUUCAACAACAACAAUAACACCAACAACAACAAUGCCAGUACAAGGACCACCAUGGACAGAGUUCCUGUCCUGCCAUGUCUGCUUCAGCAUGUUCGAUGAGCGGCUUCACCGCCCCAUCAGUAUGGGCUGUGGUCACACUGUCUGCAAGACCUGCCUCAUCAAACUUCAGCAUGGCAAGUGUCCCUUUGACCAGAGUGCCAUCACUCGCAAUGUGGAUGAGUUUCCAGUGAACUAUGCGCUACUGCAGUUAGUGGGUGCAGCUAUCCCGGAGGAAGUCCGUGAUACGGAAGAGAGUCUGAUCAACUCGGAUGACCUCCAGUACUACGAAUCUGCCCAGAAAUGUAUUGAAGAUCUGGCUGUGUAUCUGAAAUCAGCAGACUCUGCUGACCUCAAGUGUGAUGGCGCCCUGGAUGAUGAAGAUAAUGGGAAAGGAGGGCACCUUCUCAGCAGCAGUACUCUGAGUCGACCGAUGCAGCGCAAACUGGUGUCCUUGGUCAACUGUCAGCUGAUCGAGGAGGAGGGGCGAUCCCGUGCUAUGCGGGCGGCACGGUCACUAGGGGAGCGCACAGUCACAGAGCUGAUCCUGCAGCACCAGAACCCACACCAGCUCUCCGCCAACCUGUGGGCGGCCGUGCGGGCUCGAGGAUGUCAGUUCCUCGGACCAGCUAUGCAGGAGGAGGUACUGAAGCUGAUCCUGCUGGUGUUGGAGGAUGCGUCAUCGCUGUCAAGGAAGGUGCUGGUGCUGUUUGUGGUGCAACAGUUAGAAGACAGUUAUCCUCAAGCCUCCAAGACUGCUAUCGGACAUGUUGUACAACUUCUCUACAGAGCUUCCUGUUUUAAGGUUACAAAGAGAGAAGAAGAGUCAUCGCUGAUGCAGCUGAAGGAGGAGUUCCGUACCUAUGAGGCACUACGACGGGAACAUGACUCCCAGAUUGUCCAGAUUGCUAUGGAGGCAGGACUUAGGAUUUCCCCGGAACAGUGGUCAUCUCUGUUAUAUGGAGACACAGGCCACAAAUCCCACAUGCAGUCCAUAAUUGACAAGCUCCAGACUCCCCAGUCUUUCUCGCAGAGUAUCAGUGAACUGGCCAUUGCCCUCCAGAGAACCGGUGACCCGUGUAACCUGCAGCGUCUCCGACCUCACCUGGAGUUCCUGGCUAAUAUUGAUCCCAACCCAGAGGCUCCGCCCCCGUCAUGGGAGAACCUGGAAGCCGUGUUGAAGGCCCUCCGCACUGUGGUGCAGGCGCUCAUCGAUUUCUUCACCAACUUCAGCCAGAAGAAGAACGAGCUGCUUCCUCUACAAAAUGCUCGCUACAAGACAAGCAUGUGUCGUGACCAGACACACAAUGGCAUGUGUCCACGAGGAAACUCAUGCACCUUUGCGCACUCACAGGAGGAACUUGAGAAAUACCGAGCCCGCAGUAAGAAGCUUGGUGUGAAGGGGACAGGGGUGAUGCCCACAUUUGCUGCCCUCAGUCCAAAGGAGAAGGCAGAGCUGGACCAGGUGACCAAAGUCACAAACGAGAAACUAGCUUCCUAUUCAAAACUGGCAGGAAAUGUCAGCACAGGGAAGAUCCAUAGUGAGAACACGCCUCCCAAACUCAUGUUAUCAACAAGUGUGGCCUCCUUGACACAGACUCUCAACACUAUGUCAGUGUCCCCCAGACAGCACCCUCCCUCGGAUCGCUCGCCUGCCCCUCUCGGACCCAACAGUGGGAUCCCCCGGGGCAACCCCACCCCCAGUGUGGCUACACCGGCCCACUAUCGGAAACCCAGUCUAGGAACAGGGCCUGCUGUCAAGGAAACAUUUUACCACACACGUAUGCCGCAGGGGGCUACUCGAAUGUCACCGUAUGAAAUGCCAUCAGCUGAAGGUCCGAUGAUAAAUCCUCCAUAUCACGUUGCUCACCGUGGCCACCAGAGAAUGAGAGUGCCUCAAGGACAGUAUCCCACAAUGCACUACUCCCAGCAGGAUCCUACAGGCAACCCCUACGUCAUGUGUGACCAUCAGCCUCCCACAUCACCACAGCACUACUGCAGCCCGCACGACAACACCUACGGAUCACCGGUGCCGUCAAUGACGCCCCCGAGCUAUUCAUCCUUUGACUACCCAGUGUGCUACCAAGGGGUGCCAACGUCACCAUACCAAUCACCAUCGACAGGAGCUCCAUACCAGGGUAUGCAGUCACUGACUGAUCUCCACAGACGCAGGAACAACAUCAUUGCACAGCUACAUCCGAAUAAACCAUGUGCUCCUGGCAAAGUGCAAUCAUCGGGUAAUCAACAGACCUCAGCCAGCCCAGUUUUGAAGAAGCAGAAAUUCAUUGAGGACCUGCCUCGAAUCUCAUCGUCGGAUCUGGUCAAGUCUGUGGCGGACACCUACGUCGCGGCCAGAACUAUGUUCUCAUUGGCCAACUCAGGUUUGCUGACUGAACCCCAGUACAGUUUGAGCAGCAACUAUGUGCCCUGGUCGAGCGAGGACAGCUAUGAUGGUAGUGAGAAGUCUGUGACAAAGGCAGACUCGAAGACUGACUGGUAUACUAAUGAGACACAGGUCUCGGACUUGGAGGUAGAUGGGGAUGGUGAGGAUGCUACAAAAUCCCUGUUCAGCUGGUUUGAAGAGGAAACGGCCAAGAGAGUCACAAUGGUGGAUGAAGUAUGUGAGGUUUCAAGGAGUCAGCUUCAGUUGGGGGACUACAGCUCCAUUGAAGAGCAGACCUUCAUUCCGUUCGAUCCACCACUGGUAUCAAGGUUUGGACCAAUCUCACGAUUGUCACGCGCAAAGUUCAAGAACACAGAUCCAGUUCAGGUCACAGCUGAUGAGACUAUCAAGAGGAUGACCCCUGUGACUGCGGUGACAGCUAUGGAGUGCCCCCUGCCAGUCGCUGCCCCAGUCCCCAGCAGGUUCAGCCUGUGGAAACAGCCGUCAGAGGGGACCAGGACAUUGGAACAUCCCAGCAGUGUCCUGGGCCAUCAGAUGAUGCCAGCACAUCGCACCAAGAGAUGUCUGCAGCAGGAAGUGACACGCCUAGAGAACCGUGCCCACGAUGCUAAUUCCAAGAAGGAAAGUCUGACAUAUGAGCUACAGGCCAUAGAUAUUAAAAUAUCAAUGCAAACUGGGCAGAAGCCAGACCCACAUGGAAGUGGAACAGAUGCCUCCCAACUUAGCCAACUGAUGCUACCCAUCUUUCAGUCCACCCCUAGAGAUCAAAUUGCUGGCUCCCCAAGUGUACGGGCCUCAGACCCCACCCUCACAGCCAGUGAGCAGAAGAAACUGCAUGAGUUGACUGCUACAUUUUGUAGCGUCAAUCAGAAAUGUUCUGAGCAGCAGGAGAGAAUCCUGUCCCAACUGUUGAAGCUGCAGGACCUUGGCAGCCAGGGAACUUGCUUCCACUAGUGCAGGUCAACGCUCCACUAGGACAUGAAAGCCGUGAACUUAUAUGUGAUAUAUUCAGGCUUGGGAGGUUGUGACAACCCAGCAGAAGAGCUUGCCAGACAAGUGGAAGACGGAAGACUUGGACCCCAUUUGUCCUUGUCAGCCCCGGAUGGGGUGGGGUGGAGUCCAUUUCACUGUCUGUGCACAGACAUUAUUGUGAUGGCAUUAUUUACUAUACACUGCAAGGAGUGUGAAAUCCUGUCAUAUUUGUUUGACUUUGUUCAAAUUACCCCUCUAUGUGUCACAUUGAUAAUGUGUGUUCCUGCUAGGGCAUGAUUAGGAAGGGUGUUUAUGACUCUUACUGCCAACUACAUUCAUUAUUCUCCUUGAUCAUUGGCUGCUCGGUGGAACUUGUUUUAUUAUUGUGUUGGGUAUAAAUUAUGGCAUGUGUUAACAACUGUUCUAGCCAGUGGGCGACCGACUUGACAGUUUGUACAUUGUGAUCACUCUGUAAUGUGUAUCGUUAGUUGUUGGGGUAUUACACUCAUAUUAACAAUCUUUUCAAAAUAUGAAUUUGAUAAUUAGGUCUAUUUUGACAUUUUGCUGUGAACUAUUUAUCUAUAGUUCUAGAGCAUGUACUUUUUCAUGACAAGUAAUUACUAUGUAAUUAUGAAGUAUUUUAUGAAUUCUUUUGUGUAAAAGAUAUAUGAGUUAUGUAUUCUCAUAUAUUCAUGAAACUCAUGUAUGUUAACACGAUGGCUUUCCUUCUAAUGACACCUUUACGUCAGAAUUAAGCUUUGCCAUUACCUUAUAAAGGUUUUAUGUGACAAUAUUUUUCAUUAUUUAUAACUUGGUGGUACUUUACCCAACACCCUUAUAUUGCUCUGCUCAAGGAUUGAACAUAUUGCUACUUAAGUGUGUUAAGAAAAGAUUACUGACCAGGUAUAUGAAAACUUGUAAGACAAGCAGAUUUCUACUAACAUUGUAAUGUAUAUUAUGUAUACAAACAAAACUUUGUUCAUUUUUUUACAGGGAAUAUCAGCAUGAUCAGAAAAUAAAAAAUAUGGUGUAUACAUUUUGUUACCAUAGUAACAGAUAUUAGAAUUCACUGGCCAUUCGGAACUUCCAUUUUAAUCCAGUAAAACUGACACCAGAGGUCAUUAUACAGAAUUAUAGAGAUUUUAUACAUUAACCAUAAUGUGGUUCAAGUCAGAGAAAACACUCAAACCUGUUUAUUUCGAAAGUAGAAAUCAACAGAUUUGUGUGAUAUCUCCUUUACAUGAUCCACACAGAUUAGAUGUGAGUAAUAGGCAUGGUCUUGUUUCAGAAAGCAAUUGUAGCAUUGUGAUGGUUGUAAGUCUCAUUGUUUAACAUCUACCCCGUUCACAUGCUCCUCUAUACAUACGUGUGUAUAUUUUCACACGUGUGUUAAUGUCAUGUGAACGUGUUGACUCAUGUAUGUAUAUUUACACCAGGAGCAAAUUUGCUCCAUGUCUGGAGCAGGUGCAAAUCUAACUUUACACAAGUGCAAAUUUGCGCUGGAUGUAUAUGUUGUAAUGGGAAGGUUUACGCCAAUGCCAGAGGAUGAUCUAAUUAAUAUAUCUGUUGAUUUGCCAACACCAAACAAAUCGGCCGCACUUUUGUAUUUUGAAGUUGACGUUGUUCAGUACACAGCAGUACCGACUUUUAUGCGGACAUUCAGAGCUGGGUGGACAGAGUUUUCUUUGGGUUUCAAGGAGUGUAAAAAUUUAUCUAAAGAUUAAAUCAAACACAUGUUGCUUCAUGCAAAGAUGUCUGUGACGUAACGCUCUUCUCAUUUGACUUUUUGGGAAAACAACCUUUUCAUGUUGAACGUCAUGAAAAGACUGAUGACUAUGUACCGGUACUUCAUUUACACACAUUAAUUAAUUGUCAUGUGAACACAUAGUCAAUUUACAUAUACACAUGUGUGUAUAGUUACACAUGUGCAAAAUUGCUUAUGUGAGUAAAUCUUCUGCAUGUGAACGGGGUAAUAGACUAUCAUCACUCUGUGAUCGCUUCAUGAAAUAAUGGGCCCUGGUAUGUAGUUAUUGAUAUCCUGUAGACACAAUCACAAGUCCAGUAGGCCAUCUCCUUUCUAUGAAUAGGAAAAUCUGGAUGUUCCUUGGAUGACUUGGUUUGUAGUUCUGCAAGACAGGAAGUAAGUUUAUAGUAAGGUAAUAAGGCAUGGGUGGCAUCUUACAAGUGACUUCAGAAAGUACCGGUAGAUAACUGGAAGUUAUCUAAGUAUGUGUAAAGGAUACAUUCACCCCUUAAAAAUGUGCUUCAUGCUUUCAUUUUGUACACUGGUCAAAAGUACAUUGUACUGUGUGUAUUGUCUUAUGGUUGCUAAGUUAUGCUGAUUAGUACUGAGAUUCUUUAGAUCAUGUACUUCUUAUCUGUAAUGAUUGGUGUAACUGAUCUUGGUUUGACACUAUACUUACGGUAUUCAAUGUAAUAAGCACCCAGCGCUCUCAAAAUUAGAAAUAGGGUGCUCUUAUUAGAAUAUUAUUUUGGUGAAAAAAGCAGAGUUGAAAGAUAAAUUUUGUGAUUUAUGCUGACAGCCUGAAAUGUUUAUGUACGACAGAUAUAUUUCCAGAAUUUAAUUGCCCAUAAUUAAGGGUGCAUAUAACACACGAGUGUGUAUUAUACGCGAAUAAAUAAGUCUUGUGUACAUUGAUCAAUCGGAAGGGGUGCUAAUUAGGAUUGUUCACUAGCAAAUAUCGCUGUGGGUGCUUAUUACGUUGAAUACGAUAACUAGAAUGUCUGUACAAUUAGAUAUUUUUUAUCAAUGUUUUGAUUGUUAUUUCAUUUUUCUUUUUACUCCUCAUGAAAUGUUAAUAAUAAAUUUUCAUAUUUGAGUUAUAUGAUUGUAAGCAUAAUAGUGGUUACUUAGGAUGUUAAUUGAAAAUCUGUUGUUUUUGUUUCAAUUUGAAGUCAAGUUUUCGGGAGGUAUUUACCCUAUAUGUUUAUUCCUUCAUAUCAAGAUGAAACAGGUGAAUAAAGGUUGGUUGUGCUACUUGUCAACAAGGAACGCUACCUUCCUUUGCAUUUGUGUUGAUCAACUUGAUCAAGGGGUAAGGAAGUUGUACUUUUCUUUUUGUGUUUUAAUUGGUUACGUUAUCCUUUAAUUUCUUGAUUUAUGAUGAGGAAAAAUAUCCAUUAUUGCCUUUGUAUCAGACUUAAUCAAAGUCAAGCUGUUUUAAACUUGACAGUUUGGAUUGUAUUUCAUUUGUCAAAGGGUGUUAAUAUAUUAUAUUUGUUUUAUGUAAUACUUAGAAGGCGGUCAAGAUGUAUCAUAAGUGAAAAGAAAUGGCUCAACAAAGACAUUCCCUAUUAAUGAGUAUUGAGGGGAAACGUGGCACCCUCUGAGAAGAAAAUGUCUGAAAGUCUUGUCUGAAGUUAACUUUUGGAAUGAAAACUACAAUCUCUUUUGACAACAGAAUAUACAGGGUUUGACAACUGAAGAACAGCCCGUUACACAAAGUGGUCUUAGCAGUACGACUAUUGUACAUGUUAAAGAAUCGUGCGCAAAGAUUGCUCUGUGGAAUGGGGCCCCGGUACACACAGGGCCACAGAAAACAUCACUGGUUCCACAGAAAAUUGGUCAAAAAUUUACAUUUGGUAUUUUCUACUAGCCAGUCAUGUUUUUUUUACUACUGGCAUAGAAUGUUUACAGUCGUUUGUGGAACCAUGUGAGUGAUGUCUUGACAGUCUUUAAGAUUUGCUUUGCUUGAAUUGGGUUAUGCAUUUAGCCUUGAAAUUGUGAUGGAAUUCUUAUCAUAUAAGAUAUAUGCCAUGCUUGUCUCAAGCAUCUUGUACACUAAGUGUAUUUCUUUUUAAGGUGUCCAUAGUUUGUAAUGAGUGUUUUAUCUUGCCCAUAAUCAACUGACAUGGCACAGCUAUUGCAGAUUAGUCAAUUUAUGAUUAUUAUCUGAGUACACAUUAUCCAUAAAUUGAUAUGGGUCGUACAUCAUUGCUCCCUGUGUGAACAUAUCUUUUUCCAAAGACAUUUUCAGUGAAAUUAUGUGGUUUGUAUUAGAAAAACUGUUAAGAGUUUUCUAGUUCUGAACAUGUUAUUUCUCAAUUUCAGAUAAUAGUAUCAAUCUUUCAUAUGUUCACACGAGCGAUCCCAAAGCCAAUAUUUGGCUAUUGUUUUUGUCUGAUUUUUGCUAAUAGAGGUUUGAAUUGUAUUUCUUUAUAAGGAGGAAUGAAUUCGGAUUUUUUGUGAGGUAUCUAUGAAGGAACAUUGAUACUUAUGAAGUGGAAUAUUUGAAAGUUUCAGUAUGACAAGGCGAGGGUUAAAAUACCUUUUGAAAUUGGUGAAUUCAUUGUUUAAUAGCGUGUUUUUUGUCAGUCUUGAUAUUUGAUUAUAACGGGAUGUGCAAGGAUACCAUCGGACACCAUUACAGGGCAUCAGUAACAUCAGCUUACGUCACUUCCUGCCGAUAUGGUUAUAUCAACAUCUAUGGCUUAUCGAAUGACUUGAUCAUGUUAAAAUGUUGAGGUAACAUGUUCUCAGGUCUUGCAGGCUCUUCAGGGACGUUUGCACGGUUGAAAAUCAAUUUUGCUGUUAUAUUGUGCUUGAUGUAACAAAGCACAGGAGAACUGUUUCAUAAGGAGUGAUUGUAAUCAGAUAUGAUGGAGAAUUGCUCUAAAUAUUUGCAGUUUACUUUCCACAAUAAAACUGAUACAACCAAA